AUGAUGGUUCCACCUCCUGAAAGUGUGAACUUCAAGAAGUAUGGGCUCAAAGACAUCGAAACACUUGCUAAACAAUUCUACGAUGAGUCCAAUCUUAAUUAUGAAGUGAAGAAGCAACAGUUUCAGGCAGAAUGGGGAAAGCUUGAGUGGAAGAAAGUCAUUCCUAAAGAUGUUGUAGAUGGUAAAUGUCCAACUGUGACUACCACAACAUGGACACUUCAUCAUAUGUUGAAACAGUCAUCCUACAGGCAUUUUUAUCCUCUAUUGAGUAACCUUUAUGAGUGUUGCCUUUCAAUUCCCAUUUCAAGUGCAUGGCCAGAACGUGGUGCAAGCGCUCUUAAGUGCAAUAAAACCAGGCUUCAAUCAAGGCUUCAAAAAUGA